AUGUUGCGUUUCGACAACAAGGUUAUCUUCAUCACUGGGAUUGGCUCCACGGGCAGCGGUAUUGGCAAUGGGCGAGCAAGCGCCAUAUUAUUUGCGCGACAAGGGGGGAAAAUAUACGGCGUGGACUUGAAUCUCUCCGCCGCCGAGGAAACACGAUCCUACAUUCUCUCCGAAAACCCCUCGAUUGCAGACCACAUCACCGUCUCGCAGUGCGACGUCACCUCGGCAGCGGAUGUGAACAGGGAGGUGGGGAAGUGCGUUGAGAAGUAUGGACGGAUAGAUGUGCUGGUCAACAAUGUCGGCCUCUCCGCACCGGGGACGGCGGAGAGCAUGCCGGAGGAAGUCUGGGACAGGCAGAUGGCCGUCAACAUCAAGAGCGUCUUCCUGUGUUGCAAGGCCGUGAUUAGGGUGAUGUUGAAGCAGCAAUCCCCGGGUGGCGCCAUCGUGAAUCUCUCGUCCAUCGCGGGCAUGAGACAUUUGGGCGCCGAACACAUAGCCUAUGCCUCCUCAAAGGCCGCGAUCGUUCAGUUCAGCAAACACACGGCCAUCGCCUACGCAGACAAAAAUAUCAGAGUCAACACGGUGGUGCCGGGGUUGAUGAACACGCCGCUUGUGCAGAGCAGACUGUUGAAACACCUGCCGGAGGGUGUGACGGAAGAGCAGUUGGCAAGAAGUCGGGCGGAAAAGGUACCUUUGGGGAGAAUGGGAGAUGCGUGGGAUGUGGCCCAUGCGGUCCUCUUCCUGGCAAGUUCGGAAGCAAAGUAUGUGACAGGUAGCGAGCUGGUUGUGGACGGAGGAGUCUCUUCUUGGGCGUCACAGGCGGCGAGGCUGUAG